AUGGCUGGCUUUGGUUUUCUAAUUUUAUUUGGUUUCAGUUGUUUGUUGUUUCCAUGUGAAGGUAUAUAUUCUUACACGAUGGUGUAACUACAUACAACAUCUUAUAAAAUGCCUCUCAUGCAGUUGAGAGCUUUAUAAGACUUUAAUUUCAAUUAUUAGAAAUUGCUACCCCCUAAAAAAAUCAUGCAUUUUCUGAUGUUUUUAUACUUUACUUGUUUCGUUCACUUUACUCGCCAGACACUCAAAACAGUCACAAAUCAAGUCAAAUUGAAUUGUAUAUCUCUGCAUGUAAAUGUUUUAAAUUGUAUUCUUCAUUUCGUACUUUUCUUUGCAAAGAUCAAUCGGAAUGACUUGACGUCUUACGAUUUGUUCGUUUUAAUGUUCCCCAACAUUAUUGUAUAAAUGAAUUGAAUGGGAACAAGAAUAUAGAAGUAAUUGGGUUUUUAGCAAGUCUAUAUAUCUAGUAUAAUAGCCAUAUGUAAUUGUUGAGUGAACACGUACUCCCCCCGCCACCGCCUAUCUGUCAGUUAUACCAAAACAAAAUUGGAAAAUUUGUGUGUUGUUUAUAGGAAAAGUCUUUCCACCAUCUGAUGGAACCAGCUUGGUAUUUGCACGUGGAUCAACUGAGAGAAUAGUGUGGUCAUAUGAUGAUGAAAUAGAAGCGUUGAGUCGUCGGAUUUGGAGUUUCGAAUCAAGUGAUGGUAAAGUAGAUGAAAUAUUUGCAUUUGUUGACGCUGACGGGAGGGUUAAUAUAUUAACCAGCUUAUUUGAGAUUGCAAUAGAAAAGCCAGCAACAUUAGUUUUAAGAAACAUUAAUGAAACUUAUGGUGGAACAUACAAGUUUAGCCUGGCACCUAGCAAUGGUGGUGUUGAAUCUGAAGUUGUCGUUUCUAUUGCAGGUAAGUUUUCAGGAAUCUUGUAAGUUCAGCUUUCUUCAAAAUUCAUUUCCAUCAACCAUUUUCGGCUUGCAUAUAGGCAUGGCUAAGUUCUCGAGACAAAUCUACAAAUUGAUUUAAUUUUCAAUACAUAUAUAGUAUUAGUGCAAUCAUUAACUAUGGUGCAAUGUAGUGUCAUUGUGAUGCAGUAGACUUGGCAAAAAUGGCUUCAUUUUGGAUUUCCAAAUUUUUGGUUUGUGUUUCUAAGAAUGAAUAAUUUCUGAUUAACUGAUAAUUGCAAUUAUGCUGCAAUCAAAGUCCUCAUUCUCAAUGACUUACAGUUUGAUCAAUGAAAUUCGUAGUUAUCAUUUUUUACGUUUUGGGAUUUAGAGUCCACCAAAUUAAUAGCACUCGUUUUUGCACGUCAGUGGAUGUCAUACCCUUUGGCAAAAUCAGAAAAUAGCAGGGGAUAUUUAUUUAAGUAUUCUGAAAAUAUCCAAAUACACAUCAAUUGUUUAUUGGAGAAUCUUUUGGAGACGUCUAUAUAAAUUAGAAACGUUAGAUGUGAAGUGCAUGGUCACAAGUAUAGUGACCAAUUAUAAUUAUUGCGUUAUCGCGGUACGACAAUGCAUGUGCUGUUUUAUCAAGAAUCUGCUAAUUGAGUUGCAUUCUUCUCCCCUACAAAAUGACUUUCCAAUUGCAUUUCAGUAACACCGAUGGUGACAGUCGAAUGUUCCAGUCCUGCCACAGUGAAUACAAGCGAUAUUUUCACGUGUGCAUGUAAAGGACAAGGUGGCAAACCUCCUGCAAACGUAACGUGGUAUAAAGGGAACGACGUGAAAAGUAUCACAGGGAAAGAAAAACAAAUAUUGCAUGUCUUUAGUGCCAAAAGAGACGACAGUGGGACGUACAGAUGUGAAGCGAAAAGUCAUGAAGUUGCAAAGAAUGACACAGAAAUUGAAUUAAUUGUAAAUUGUAAGUAUAUAGCUGGUACUAUAAUGAAUCAAGCAUCGCAGUAGUUGAGACCUGCAUGUUUGUUGCAUUUUAAAAUCGCCAGGACGGCCCAAUCCUUCUUCAUGUACUUCUUGCAUGUAUAUAUAUUCUGAUCAAACAGUACAUAACAUGCAACUAUACGAUUGCUUUUAUAAUCGUUUAACACUAUGAUCUGUCGGGCUCACUUCUCUUAAUGGCAAAUAUCAAUGACAACUUGAUUGCCAUUAAUAAAGUUGUCAGAUGUUAUGCGCCGGCGUAAAUCAGCCCAAUGGCAAUGUAUCGAAUUUUGUUAAAAGUUCCUCUAAGUAAGUAUUACCAUAUUAAAUAGACCCAUGGCACUGACGUCACAAAUCCUUAGAGUGUCGUCCAGAUGCUCCCUAACAAUAUCUGUUCGAGUACAACAACCACAUACAGCGCAAAAAUUAACCAUUUUAAUACAAAAUUAUCAUAAAGUUUUACAAAAGAUGCAUCGUCACCGGCGCUGUGACGUCAUGUGCAAUGGGUCUAUAUGGUGACUAUAGUAUCCAAUUUUCGGUUUCAUAAAAACGGCAGGUAAAUAUCAACACUCGAAAAUACAUCAUUGCACAAACGUUAACAUUAGAAAUCAGUCUAAUUUCUUGACAGAUCCACCUGAAAAUGUAAAACUGAUGUUGACAAGGAGUAGUAAAUCAGUUACUAUCAGAUGUACAGCUGAAGCUCGUCCUCCAGCAAGUUUCAAAAUAUUCCUGAAUCAAACUGAGGUAGUCAAAACUGACCAAAUACUUACCAUACCUGAAGUAAAAAAGAAUCAUGUUGGUUAUUAUGCGUGUUUUGCAAGGAAUUUUCUGGGAGAUGAAUCUUCAGAUCGUGAAUAUUUAUCCCCUGAAGGUAAGAUUACAGUUUGUCUGGGUAUGAAUAUAGUUUGGUAAGGAUUGCUCCAACUGUACCUAUAUGUGUACACCGACAACGGGGUAGGAACAACUUUUUAAUUAUUCAGAUUUUCUUGAUAUUACUUUCAUUUUGAAAAACAGGACCACUAGCGACAUAUUCAACGACGAAAGGCAACGAAAUAGGUAAUGGAAUACCACAGUUUUUAAAAAUUUUGUUUUAUAUUUUGUUCAGUAUUAUAGAGUUACUCGAUCAGUUAUAUUGUUAUUUUUUCUUAAUAAUUUCCAUGUAUUACCCAUUUAUCCAUAGCCAUGCAUGUUCUUUCGUUCUUAUACUAUAAACAUAGACAAAGCAUCUUCGAACAACACGAGUCGUGGAACUGAAUGGUAUAUUGUUGUGCUAUUAAUUAAUUUAUUGGUGUCCGGGAUUAUCAUUGGAAUUCUUCUUUCUUACAUUGUCUCAUGUUGUCGUCGUAAAUUUAGAAGUAGACAACCUCAGUCAAACCCUGAACCAAAGACAACUGAGGCUGAUACAACUAAUUAUCAAGAGCUUGAUCUUUCACAAAUGAACACAGAAGAUAAUUAUCAAUCGUUGAGAAACACAAAACCUCAACCAAACCCUGAACCAAAGACAACUGAAGCUGAUACAACUUAUCAAGAGCUAGAUCUUUCAAAAGUGAACACAGAAGAUAAUUAUCAAUCGUUGAGAGUGAAUGCUGCAAGUAGUGAGGAGGAGUCAACAUAUACUGAGUUGAACAAAACCAGAGAUGUGGAGAACAACUACCAAUCUUUAACUUGA